GUCUGCUGCUUACGGAUAAAUACAUUCAUCCCCUUCUCUCCUCGUGGAGAACUGGUGCACCCCCAGCUGAACAGUCUGCAUGAAGACCGAGAGUGGAGUCCAGAAUGUGAGCGCGCCCUUCGCCGGUAGGAAGCGCAGCAGUCUCCUGGAUGAUGCGCGGAGAGACCGAGAACGGGAGAGCGCGCGAAAGGACCGAGAGAGCGCGAGUUCAACCUCCACCUCCCCGGGACCGUCUCAGUCUCGAGGAGGGGGUGACGGCUGCGUGUUCGAGGAGAAGGGCGGGAAAGUGGUGCUGCACGUGCUCUUCGCCCUCGGUAACGAGAAGAGUAUCGGCUUCUUCAAAGCUGGGAAGGUGUUCGAGACGUUCGAGGCCAAACUGCUGCACGUGGAGAGCCGACCGCGGAAGCCGAAGAACAACACGUGCGACCUGGAGUUCUUCAUCAAGUGCGAGAUCCACAGCUCGGAUAUCGAGGUCUUCAUCAACUCCCUCAAGAGGGUCGCAGACGACGUGAGGACUGUCCCCGAGGAAAAAGUUCCCUGGUUCCCGCGGAAGAUCAGGGAUCUGGAUCGAUGCAAUCAUCUAAUCACCAAGUUCGAUCCGGAGUUGGACCAGGACCAUCCGGGCUACAGCGACAGGGAAUACAGGAAAAGAAGAGCCAGCAUCUCCCAGCUCGCUUUUAAUUACAAACAGGGGGAGCCCUUGCCCAUAGUAGAGUACACGCAGGAGGAGAUCUCCACAUGGAGGCAGGUGUACUGCACGCUGAGCAGCAUCUACCCAACGCACGCCUGCCGCCAGUUUCUAGAGGGACUGGAGCAGCUGGAAAAGGAGGGUCUCUACUCAGAAGACAACAUUCCCCAACUACGAGACGUCUCAACCUUCCUCAAAGAGCGUACAGGCUUCCAGCUGCGUCCGGUGGCCGGUCUGCUGUCGGCUCGUGACUUCCUCAGCAGUCUGUCCUUCAGAGUCUUCCAGUGCACGCAGUACAUACGCCACGCAUCAGCUCCCAUGCACAGCCCCGAACCAGACUGUUGCCAUGAGCUACUGGGCCACAUCCCCAUGCUGGCAGACAAGGAGUUCGCCCAGUUCUCACAGGAGAUAGGCCUGGCGUCGCUGGCGGCUUCAGAUGAGGAUAUCGAGAGACUAUCAACAUUGUACUGGUUCACGGUGGAGUUUGGCCUGUGUAAGCAGAAUGGCUCAGUAAAGGCCUAUGGAGCCGGCCUGCUGUCUUCCUAUGGGGAACUGAUGUAUGCCUUGUCCAAUGAGCCGGAGUACAAGGCCUUCACCCCUGAAGAGGCGUCUGUGCAGGCCUAUCAGGACGAGGCGUACCAGCCCAUAUACUUCAUCUCAGACAGCUUUGAGGACGCCAAGACCAAACUCAGGCAAUUCUCCUCCGGUAUUCAGAGGCCGGUGGCGGUGAGAUACGACCCCAUCACCUGCAGCAUGGAGGUUCUAGACGGACCCGCGAAGAUCCAGAGAGCUCUGGGGGCCCUUCAGGAGGAGCUGAAGACCCUGAGUAGCGCUCUGGAAACACUACAGAGAUGAGCACACACACACACACACACACACACACACACACACACACACACACACACACACACACACACACACACACACACACACACCUGCAGGAUGAGAUUAAGACCCUCUCUAGCGCUCUGGAGACACUACAGAGAUGAGCAGACACACACACACACACACACACACACACACACACACACACACACACACACACACACACACACACACACACACAUAAAAACACACAUACACACACACACACACACACAUACAAACACACACACAGACACACACAUCACUGGAAGCUACAGUAGCUCAACACUACAUUCAGGUUCACACAUCUUCCUUGACGUUCAAAGCACACUUACGCAAACACCAGCAACUAAGCAGCAUAUUAUUAUCAUGAGCACUAAACCUACUGAGAGACACAAUAAAUAAAACACAGCACUUCACCAGCAUAUUCUCACAGUAAAAAGGUGAAUUACGCUCUACAAAGGCAAAGUGCAGCAACUACGCCAACAUUGAAGCUGAGAAAAAGGCCUUCAAAGUA